ACCACUUUUAACUUGCUAGGAUGAGGAUUAGGAAGGAGGAGAGGGUCCAACGCUUCCAUAUUCCAAUUAAAAGUAAUGUAAUAAACUAAACAGCUAAAUAACUUUAAUGCUCCACUAAAGUACUCACCUAUAACAACAAUCACUAUAUAUAAACUUAUAAAGUAGUAUGUGACUUUAAUGUUUCCGAUAAAGCACGAGUAUAAAUUAAAGCAACCAUUGCGUUUCUUCCUGGCAAUUGGAGUCUAACAAAGAAGUAGUCUUUGCCGGGGGAGGAAAGAUAUGAAGGAAGAUAAGAUGUCCAAGUUAACAUACAGUGUGUGUUGCUGUUUCAAGAGGAAAUUCAAGUUCAGAGAAUCCGAAGCUCCGGCGGAGAUCAAAUCUCUGUUCCAAGAUUACUCCGAAAAUGGGGUGAUGACAGUUGAACACUUGCAAAGAUUCUUGCAGGAAGUCCAAGGUGAAGAGAAGGUCAGUUUGGAGGAAGCAGAAUCAUUCAUGGAAGCCAUCAUUAAAGACAUCAAGCACCUUCAUAUGUUACACCGAAAAGUUCUACACUUGGAGGGAUUUUUCCGUUACCUCUUCAGUGACGUAGUUAACUAUCCUCUCAUAUCAAUCAACAAGGAGCAUCAAGAUAUGACAGCUCCAUUGUCGCAUUAUUUCAUAUAUACAAGUCACAAUUCGUACCUGACAGGGAACCAAAUCAGCAGCGAUAGCAGUGAUGAGCCAAUUAUAAAAGCGUUAGAGAAAGGUGUCAGAGUUAUUGAAUUGGAUAUGUGGCCUAACUCCACCAAAGAUAAUGUGGACAUCUAUCAUGGAAGGACAUUAACAGCACCAGUGGAUCUUAUCAAGUGCUUAAGGUCAAUUAGAAAGCACGCUUUUGUCGCUUCCGAGUAUCCAGUAAUUCUAACUCUUGAAGAUCAUCUCACUCCUGAUCUUCAAGCUAAAGUAGCAGAAAUGGUCACUAGUACAUUUGGAGACGUACUCUUCUGCUCCGAGUCUGAUGUACUAUCAGAAUUCCCUUCGCCAGAGUCUCUAAAAAGACGAAUAAUUAUCUCAACAAAGCCACCCAAAGAAUAUCUUCAAACCAAGAGCAGUAAGGAGAAGCCGCAGGUCGAAGAUGACACUGAAAAGGUCAAGAAGUCAUCUGAAGAAGCAGUCUGGGGAAAAGAAGUUCCAAAUAUAGCGGAUCAGUUGAAGAGCAACAUUGAGGUACAGAGUGAUUCAGAGUACUACGAGGAGGAAGACGGUCAUUCGCUACAAAAUGCAGCUCCUCAGUAUAAGAGUUUGAUAGCGAUUCAAGCUAGAAAGCGUAAAGGCUCAAUGAAAGAAUGUUUAAGGGUGGAUCCUGAUAGCGUUACCAGGAUCAGCUUGGGAGAAGAGAAGUUUGAAAAAGCUGUCUUAUCUCAUGGACCAGACCUCAUCAGGUUUACGCAGAGAAAUCUACUGCGAAUAUUUCCAAAAGCAAUGCGGCUGGACUCAUCAAAUUACAAUCCCUUGAUCGGUUGGUUACAUGGAGCACAAAUGGUGGCACUUAAUAUGCAGGGACAUGGCAGGUACUUAUGGUUGAUGCAAGGACUGUUUAGAGCAAAUGGUGGUUGCGGUUAUGUGAAAAAACCUGAUAUUUUGCAGCAGAUUGGUCCCCAUAAAGAGGUGUUCGAUCCCAACAGGGUUCUUCCCGUGAGAAAAACUUUGAAGGUAAAAGGAACAGAGGCUGCCCUCCCUGAUCCUUGGCUGUCAUAUUUGGCUAAGCUAAAUAUUGGUAAUCUAUUUCGGUUCCUUUUUAAUCAGUAGAAGGCUGGCAUUGAAUCAUCUUUGCAGGUUAAAGUGUACAUGGGAGAAGGCUGGCAUUUGGACUUCCAUAGCACUCAUUUCGACAAAUAUUCUCCUCCGGACUUCUAUGUCAAGGUAGGAAUUGCUGGGGUCGCUGUUGAUUCGAAGGUUAAAAAGACAAAAAUUAUAGAAGAUAACUGGAUUCCAAAUUGGGAUCAGGAAUUCGAGUUCCCAUUGACAAUUCCACAGCUAGCAUUGCUUCGAAUCGAGGUUCACGAGUAUGAUAUGUCAGAGAAGGAUGAUUUUGGAGGGCAAACAUGUCUUCCAGUUUGGGAGCUCAGAAAGGGAAUCCGAGCAAUACCUCUCUAUGAUCAGAAAGGAGAAAAGUACAAAUCUGUGAAGUUGCUCAUGCGUUUUGAUUUUGUUUGAUCAAUUGUUGUGAUGCUUUUGUACAAAGUUUUGUUCUUUGAAGUCUGGUGAUGAACUGAAUAAGAGGACCUAAAGCUUGUUGGAGCAGGCUUUACCCCUCCAAGCACAUAUUGUAUAAUAUAUCUCUUUUGCUCUGUCAUAAAUGUAAGUUUGGAUGUUUCAAUGAUAACUUAUACUUAGCAGCCGUUUCAUGUGUAAUGUAUACUGUGGCUCAUUGAAGCUUUGAGAUUGAAUCAUCAAAUAUGGAGCUGAAAUGCACACGGUGUCUAAGGCUUUAUUAAUAAACUGGUAGAUAAUGAUUAGCAAUAGCAGCUCAAAAGUUAUGGAUCUAACUUUCUUUUCCUACAGCUUGCAACAGAAUCAGCAAUUUAAGGAAGUAGUAGGAUGCACCUCCAAUGGUUGCAUAUUGCAACUUCUCAGGUCCUUCAACGGCUGGGAAGUCAUUAUCUGAAGCCCGACUAAAUCCACCAGCUAACCAUCCCAAAUUCUUGUAUCCAUGUUGAUGUAAUUUUGAAACGGCCAUUGUUGACCUAUAUUCAAUGUAAGAAAGGCGAUGACGAUUAAACCCUUAAGGAAUCUCGAAAUGGCAUGAUUAAUAAAGAAAUACCACUUACCUUAGACCUUCACCACAAGCCAAAAUGACCUUGGUAUCUUUAUCAGGAACUAGUUUCUCAACUUGAUCAACAAAAUCCGGAUUGAUCAUGGUGAAAUUUUGGCCAGUCCAGAGGCCAAUGUACCCAAAAUGCACCCAUUUCUUGAGCAGAGUUAAAGGGCUGUUAUCCAAAUCCUUAACGAACAAAGGCACGUGAAUUGAACCCGAAACACUUGCCUUCUCUCUCUCCCACUCCGGCCUAACGUCCAGCAACACGUAGCCUUCCGACUCCAUAACCGAGGCUGCAUCUUUUGGUAAGAUAGGGCGCACUGUACCAGAUCGUAUCAGCUGCGGGCCGCUGCCUGAAAUUGAAUUUGUUCUCCACAAUGUUGUUGCUGUGGUCAAACGUUGUUGAAGUUGAACCGGAGGAGGGCUGGGCCAUCUGGUCCAUUUGGGCUGUUGUUGGUUAUAGUGGAGGAAGCUGGGAUGGGAUCCCUGAAGCUGCUGCAACCUCAUCGGUUGAUUUGUCAUCCCUUUUUCUCUUCAGCCACCUUAUCUGCUCCUGCUGCUUCCCCCGGAGCGUUUUUCCUUUUAACAAAUUUGAACC